UACGCCAUCAGCCUGCGCCGCGGCGCCGGGUGUCAUUCGGCCCCGCCGGCGGGGCGGACGGCCUCUUAUAACUGGCUGCUCCGGCUAUGAUACCAGCUGGCGGUUCGUAAGUUUGCGGCUGAGGCUCCCGAGGCGGCCCUGGUCCUGAUGGCGGCCGCGGCGGCCCUGGCAGCGGCUGACCCUUCCUCCGCGAUGCCGCCAGGGGCCGGAGGGCCCACCGCCCGCCGAGACUUCUACUGGCUGCGUUCCUUUCUGGCGGGAGGUAUUGCUGGAUGCUGUGCCAAAACAACGGUUGCCCCAUUGGAUCGAGUAAAGGUUUUAUUGCAAGCUCAUAAUCACCAUUACAAACAUUUAGGAGUAUUUUCUGCAUUGCGUGCUGUUCCCCAAAAGGAAGGAUACCUUGGAUUGUAUAAAGGAAAUGGUGCAAUGAUGAUUCGAAUCUUUCCCUAUGGUGCAAUCCAGUUUAUGGCAUUUGAGCAUUACAAAACGUUAAUUACUACAAAGCUGGGAGUUUCAGGUCAUGUGCACAGAUUAAUGGCUGGAUCCAUGGCAGGUAUGACAGCAGUUAUCUGUACUUAUCCUCUCGACAUGGUUAGAGUACGCCUAGCAUUCCAGGUGAAAGGGGAACACACCUAUACAGGAAUUAUUCAUGCAUUCAAAACAAUUUAUGCAAAGGAAGGUGGUUUCCUUGGAUUUUACAGAGGCCUGAUGCCUACUAUAUUAGGAAUGGCUCCAUAUGCAGGUGUUUCAUUUUUUACUUUUGGUACCUUAAAGAGUAUUGGGCUUUCCCAUGCUCCUACACUUCUUGGCAGACCUUCAUCAGACAAUCCUAAUGUCUUAGUUUUGAAAACUCACAUAAACUUACUUUGUGGUGGUUUUGCUGGAGCAAUAGCACAGACAAUAUCCUAUCCAUUUGAUGUAACUCGUCGGCGAAUGCAACUAGGAACUUCUCUGCCAGAAUUUGAAAAGUGCCUUACCAUGCGGGAUACUAUGAAGUAUGUCUAUGGACACCAUGGAAUUCGAAAAGGAUUAUAUCGUGGUUUAUCUCUUAAUUAUAUUCGCUGCAUCCCCUCUCAAGCAGUGGCUUUUACAACAUAUGAACUUAUGAAGCAGUUUUUUCACCUCAACUAAAAUUUGUGGUUUGUCUUCCUUAACAAACUCUGAGGGGGGGGAAAUGUUAAUUUAAUUAUGGGGAGAACAGUACUUGAAUCAGGAUAUUUACCCUGUUACAGGAACCACUGGUAUUUUAGUACUUGAUUUUUUUUCUUUUUUACUCACAAAUCAAAAGUGCUUACCAUACUUUUUGAUGCCAAACAUUAUACCUUAGAACACUGAAAAAAUAUUCCUAAGCUGAUGCUUGCUAGACAAUUAGGUUAUUUAAAACCGUUUUAAAGUUUUCUUUGGAAGAAGAGCUAACUUCAAGACAGGGUUCAAGAGGUUGCCAUUAGAUUUAUCAUGCUGUUCCAAGUUUUUAUUGUAAUCAAGAUUUUUAAAAAACGCUAACAUUGUUUAUUAUUAAAAUAAGCAGUCUUGGUUAUAUUGCAGCAGAAUGAUGAGAACUGAAUUUUUGAGUUCUAUAAAACAGCUAGCAUUGAAGUAUUAUUAUCUCUCUUAUAAUUCUGCUCUACUACAUAAAAGGACACUUUUUUCCUUUAUUUUUAAAAUAAAAUUGAUGUUAUAUUUAAAAAGUAGCCACAUAGAGACAAAUGUAAAUGAAGAGGCUGGAUGCAAUGGCAUGAUAGCAUGUGACUGUUGUUCCAGCUACUCCAGAGGCUGAGAUGGGAGGAUCUCUUGAGCCCAGGAUUUUGAGGCCAGCCUGAGCAACAUAGUGAGACCCUGUCUCUAAAAUAAAUGAAGGAAAAAUAGAAGGAUAGAUCAGGUUUUGCUCAAAUGGUAACCAGGUACUAUGUGUGAUUUCCAGAUGUUUUUAAGAGGCAAUGUAUUUCCCAAAGACAGUAAUAAUAAAUACUAAAUAUCUUUGCUCUCAAAAACAAAGUGGCACUAUAGAUUUGUUUUUGUUAGAUGAUUUGGUUUAUAUUAGAAAAUUUAUUUAAGUGGACUGUGAAAUAUCCAUUAAUGUAGAUAUGAAUAUCAAAGAAUGUUUCUAAGGUAUUAUGUCGUGAUACAUCAACUAGUUCUUCCAUGUAAAAUAAUUUUAGUGCAAUACAAGCAAGUAGAAAUGUAAAAUAUGAUUUGACUUGUUAUUCAUAUUAAGAAAAUGGUGAAAUGUCAGAAUUCCAUUUAUUGUAUUUAGA